AUGCUUGACAUUGGCGAAUUUCGAAAUGGGCAUUCGGGAAGAAACCCGCUGCUAUGGGUCCAGGGCUCUCUACAAGACUUUGUGCAGGAGAAUUUGGCGGAGGCCAACUCCGAACCCGACGAUGGGAUCAGAUUUGAAAAAUCAUUCAAUCUCAUUCGCAUGGUUGGAAUCGCGGGAUUCGAUGUGGAGCUAACGUCAAAUCUAUCUGAUCAUCUUCGCUUCAGAGACUCCGAUAAGACUGUUAAAAUCUUCCAUCAUGCCUCAUUUCUAGAGGCCCACAAAAGAACCUCGGCAUACCCACCAGGUCUCGUCGACGAGACACUGGCGACGCUGGCCCUCUUCUUCCCAAAGGGUGAUAAAGAGACCGAGAGGUGGUACAAAAAACAAGGGAAUGCCGACGAGCUUGACAAAAGUAUCUUGAGGCGUCCGAAGGUUGACAUGGGGAUAAAGGAAUACCGAUACUGGCAUGAUCGCCUUGUCAUUCUCAAGACAGAAUUUGACGAGUCCCGCCCAUCGACGAUCGCACAAUGGUGGAACGACAGACGCGAUGUUAGUCAGUGGUAUCCAUUGUGGGUAGCGAUCUCCUUGACCGUCUUAUUUGGCCUGGUUCAGAGUAUCGAGGGCGCGUUGCAAGUAUACAAAGCAUUCAACCCAUAG